UACCCACAGCGAGGCUAGGCUGUUGCAGAGGAAUUAACCGUGGAGCGGGCUGGGGUGGACAGGGUGAUGAAGCGUGUGGCUUGUUUCCGUAUCUCUGCAGUGAUGUACUGAGGGAGCUGGACACAGAACAGGUGACAUGAAGAAAGAAAGGUGAAGUUCAGCAUUUGCCCUGAGCCAGCCCGUGUGUCUAUUGCAAAUGUGUUCACAACCAAAUCCAACAUUACCAAAGUCUCACCGCUUUCUGCCUCCCUGCUAAACCAAUAAUCCAGAGCCAAUGCUCACCGGACAUCACAGCAGAUGCUAGAAUCAGCCACCUGAACCCGAAAAAUAACUCAUGAAUAUUCAAUGUGGAGAUAAAGCCCCUGGCAAUGAGGUCUAUCAUAGCCAAGAUGUCCCUGAAAUGGAACUGGUGAACAUGUUAGAGGAUCAACUACCCCAGUACAGAUUACGAGUGGACUCCUUAUUCCUCUAUGAUCACCAAGACUGGAUCCAGUCCCCAACUAAACAAAGCAAUGGAGCGGGCAAUCUUUCUCCUGUUCUGGCUGAAGAGACUUUCCGUUACAUGACUUUUGUUGAACUUCCAACCACGUCGUUUGAUGACUCUUGUAAAUCAAGUCAGAGUUCACAAGUUCUCGGUUCAGAACGAAUAGAUCAGAUGACUAGAAGCUAUAAUGACACAGAUAUGCUAAGUCACUUACUGACUGAGAGGGACAGGGAUUUGGAACUAGCCGCUCGCAUUGGCCAGGCUCUCUUGAAAAGGAACCACAUAUUGACAGAGCAGAAUGAAGGUUUAGAGGAGCAGCUGACCCAAGCACUGGAUCAUGUAAACCAACUCCAACAUGAGUUAGCCAAGAAGGAUGACUUGCUUAGGGUGGUAUCUAUUGCCUCGGAAGAGAGUGAGACUGAUUCCAGCUGUUCAACCCCCUUGAGGUCCAAUGACUCAUUCACCCUCACACAUGGACUCCUGCAGCUAGAUAACUUGAAUGGGAAACUUCGAGAACUGGAGGAAGAAAAUCUUUCCCUGCGCUCCCAGGCUACACAUUUGAAAACCGAAACAAUAACUUAUGAAGAAAAAGAACAGCAACUGGUCAUCGAUUGUGUGAAGGAGAUUCGCGAAUCAAAUGCCCAGAUUGGCAAACUCACUGACGAGCUUUCCACAAAGUCAGAGGAGAUCGUACAAUACCAGGAGCAGAUCUCUACUAUGCUGUCACAAAUGGUUGAGCUUCAGCACAAACUGAAAGAGGGUGCAUUCGAGAAGGAGGAGCUGAGAAUUCAUUUACAAGCAUCUAAGGAAGCCCAGAGACAGUUGACUGCUGAACUUCACGACUUACAAGAUCGCAAUGCAGAAUGUGAAGGGAUACUGCAGGAGACGCAGGAUGAACUAAAAAUGCUGCGGUGCAAAGCCAGCCCUUCUGCACUUCUUAGGAGACCCCAGUCAUGCAGCGUUUUCCCUGUGGACUCUUUGGCAGCAGAGAUUGAAGGUACUAUGCGGAGAGAACUGAGUUUGGAAGAAGAUUCAAACUUUGGAGAAAGAAAAAAACAACCAAAACGAGUGUUUGAUACAGUGAAAGUGGCGAAUGAACUGCGCUGCCGAUCUUCUUCUGCAUCGAUACCUGGCUCUAACCGUUCUGGAGUAGUGAUGACUGCUCUUCCUUUUGAAUCUGGAGCAAAGAUUGAGCAGACAAAGCCUAAUGUCCGGCCAAUUGAACAAGGCACAAAGGAAAAGGAACUCUUAAAGCUGGGAGAUGCUAAUUUGGAAACUGCAUUGCACAGGCUCCACCUUAGAAGACAGAACUAUUUAAGUGAGAGGCAGUUUUUCAAGGAAGAAUGUGACAGGAGGUUGAAAUAUCUAGAAGAUGAACAUGACCAGAGUGGCUGUAGCAGUCCCAAUGGAAGUGUCCUGUCCAUGUCAACCCACUUGUCAGAUGUCACAGACACUUCAGCUACCUCUAGUACCCUGCGAAGCCUUCUGCCAGAGAAACUGCAGAUCGUCAAACCACUGGAAGGUUCCCAAACUCUCCACCAGUGGCAACAGCUAGCACAGCCAAACCUGGGUACCAUUCUAGAUCCCCGUCCUGGUGUAAUUACCAAAGGAUUUAAGCCUCUUCCCGAAGAUGCCGAAUACCGCUUAUGUGACUUAGAAGAGGAUGAAAAGGAGGACGAGGAUGAAGAUGAAGAAGGGAUAACUUUCCAAGUGCAGGAAAGAAAGGAAGAAGUGCCACAACCCACCUUAAGCAUUUUCCUGCCACCUAUUUCUGUGUCAUCAACACCAAGUUCUGCAACAAACCCUGGCAAGUGCCUGGGUAGCACAAACUCAACAUUUACCUUCACCACUUGCCGAAUCCUACAUCCCUCUGACAUCACUCAGGUUACUCCCAGUUCUAUGUACACUUCAUCAUCUUUUGGAAGUGGCAGCACUUCUUCCACCAGCACAUUGGGGAAUUCUCCUGCAGUGUCUUGUCGGCUGAGUGUUGGAGAAUAUUUUAGCAAGGGAUUAGAUUCCAGGUUAAACAGUACAGGUAACUUAACCAAACUUCUUCAAGAACAAGGGAUUUCUGCCAAGCUGAAUAGCAAUAACGAUCCAGAGAAGCCACCACGUCCACAGAACUUACUUCUUCCCUCCACACCACCCAAUUCUCCUACACGAUCUCCGUGUGUUUCUCCCCUCCCAUUUGAACCAAGACCAAAUCCAUCAGAAAGUUUCCUGGCAGUGUCCAGACCAGUGGAGAGUUUUCUUCAAGAAAUGUAUGGUUUGAAGCCCACGCGAAACCAAGCCGAUUUGGGGCAGCUGAAGAUGAAUUUGGUGGAUCGGUUGAAGCGGUUAGGAUUCGCAAGAGUGGUUGGGCAGACGGACCAAAUGCAGACCACAACACUGAACAAUGGGUUAAAGCGGCAAGAGUCUAUGUUUGUUUCAACAAGCAGUAGCCUUUUGGGUGGUCUAAGAAGGAACCAGAGUCUUCCGGCUAUCAUUGGUGGACUUGCAUCUUCAGUUUGCCCAUGUCCUCCAAAAAUGGGUAGUUUGAAAGAGGAUUGAGCAUGUAAUUAAAAAAAAAAAAGACUGCUUUGAUUAAGUGUUCUCUGUUGAAAGAAGAAGAGUGUUGGCUUGUUUGUGAAAGGUUGUAGAAGGUUUGUGUAGGUGAAGGAGGAGAAAAGAGGUUAUAGAAAAGAUUUCCCACAGGGAAUACUUGAAAGGCUGUGAAGAAAGAUGUUGGAAAGUGAUAAAAUAUAUCUGAACAGUAGGAUUCAAAUGUAGACAAAAUGCGAUGGUGUUAGUUUUAUUAAAACUGGAUAGUAAAAAACCUGGUGCAGCUGUGCCAAUCAGCUUCUAACUUCAGCUUUUUGAAUUAAGA